UUGGAGAGCUGCGAGCCUAGAAGCGGGGAGAAGUUGGAGAGGUCGGUACGGGAGGGUAGGAAGAGAUUGCAAGCAAACCGCCCCCCGCCCCGGUCGGCUGAGCCCCCGAGGAGCGUCUCUGCCGUGGCCAGGCCGAGUGUGGACGCGCCGCGCGCGGCCCCGCCAGGGCUGAGAGUUUGCAGACCGUCCCUGCCGCGGCCCGCUCGGCGGCGGCCCUGCGGCUCCCGCGGCUGCCGCGGCGGCCCCGGGCGCGAUCCGGCGCAGGUAGCCAGCCGCGCCGCAGGCUCUGGGCGCCGCGACCCCCUGCCCCGCCGCGCCUUGGGCCCCCCGGGGGACGGCGGCCGGCAGGUACUCCCGGCUGCUGCUGCUGCUGCUGCUCAACAAGGAGGAUGGAAGCAAGGAAAGGGAGUCGGCUGAUGCAGGAGCCCGAGUGAGAUGAAGAAACCCGCGAGCCCAGCCUACACCAUGAACUCGUGUCUCCCUUCUGUGCUGUAAGAGCCCUGGGCAGGUGAAGUUGCCAGAGAGCAAUGGCUCUCUUCACUCCGUGGAAGCUGUCCUCUCAGAAGCUGGGCUUCUUCCUCGUGACUUUUGGCUUUAUUUGGGGUAUGAUGCUUUUGCAUUUUACCAUCCAGCAGCGGACUCAGCCCGAAAGCAGCUCCGUGCUUCGGGAGCAGAUCCUGGACCUCAGCAAGAGGUACAUCAAGGCGCUAGCAGAAGAAAACAGGGAUGUGGUGGAUGGACCCUACGCGGGGGUCAUGACAGCUUACGAUUUGAAGAAGACUCUUGCUGUGUUGUUGGAUAACAUUUUGCAGCGCAUUGGCAAGUUAGAGUCAAAAGUGGACAACCUCGUAAUCAAUGGCACAGGGACAAACUUGACCAACUCCACCACAGCUGUUCCCAGCUUGGUAGCACUUGAGAAAAUUAAUGUGGCAGAUAUCAUUAAUGGAGCUCAAGAAAAAUGCGUGUUGCCUCCUAUGGAUGGCUACCCCCACUGCGAGGGGAAAAUCAAGUGGAUGAAAGAUAUGUGGCGCUCAGAUCCCUGCUACGCAGAAUACGGAGUGGAUGGGUCCACCUGCUCUUUUUUUAUUUACCUCAGUGAGGUUGAAAAUUGGUGUCCUCAUUUACCUUGGAGAGCAAAAAAUCCCUACGAAGAAGCUGAUCGUAAUUCAUUGGCAGAAAUCCGUACAGAUUUUAAUAUUCUCUACAGUAUGAUGAAAAAGCAUGAAGAAUUCCGAUGGAUGAGACUCCGGAUCCGGCGAACGGCUGAUGCGUGGAUUCAGGCAAUCAAGGCCCUGGCAGAGAAGCAGAAUCUGGAAAAGAGAAAGCGGAAGAAAGUCCUUGUUCACCUGGGGCUCCUGACUAAGGAAUCUGGAUUUAAGAUUGCAGAGACAGCUUUCAGUGGUGGCCCUCUUGGUGAAUUAGUUCAGUGGAGUGAUUUAAUUACAUCUCUGUACUUACUGGGCCAUGACAUUAGGAUUUCAGCUUCACUGGCGGAGCUCAAGGAAAUAAUGAAGAAGGUUGUAGGAAACCGAUCUGGCUGCCCAACUGUAGGAGACAGAAUUGUUGAGCUCAUUUAUAUUGAUAUUGUAGGACUCGCUCAAUUCAAGAAAACUCUUGGACCAUCCUGGGUUCAUUACCAGUGUAUGCUCCGAGUCCUGGACUCAUUCGGCACAGAGCCAGAGUUCAACCAUGCCAACUAUGCCCAGUUGAAAGGCCACAAGACCCCCUGGGGCAAGUGGAAUCUGAACCCACAGCAGUUUUACACCAUGUUCCCUCACACCCCAGACAACAGCUUCCUGGGGUUCGUGGUCGAGCAGCACCUGAACUCCAGCGACAUCCACCACAUUAAUGAAAUCAAGAGGCAGAACCAGUCCCUGGUGUACGGCAAAGUGGAUAGCUUCUGGAAGAAUAAGAAGCUCUACUUGGACAUCAUUCACACGUACAUGGAAGUACACGCGACUGUUUACGGCUCCAGCACGAAGAACAUUCCCAGUUACGUGAAAAACCACGGGAUCCUCAGUGGACGGGACUUGCAGUUUCUUCUCCGAGAAACCAAGCUGUUUGUUGGACUUGGGUUCCCUUAUGAGGGCCCAGCUCCCCUGGAGGCCAUCGCAAAUGGAUGUGCUUUUCUGAAUCCCAAGUUCAACCCACCCAAAAGCAGCAAAAACACAGACUUUUUCAUUGGCAAGCCAACUCUGAGAGAGCUCACCUCCCAGCAUCCUUAUGCUGAAGUUUUCAUCGGCCGGCCACACGUCUGGACUGUUGACCUCGAUAAUCAGGAGGAGGUAGAGGAUGCCGUGAAAGCAAUUCUAAGUCAGAAGAUCGAGCCGUAUAUGCCAUAUGAAUUCACGUGCGAGGGGAUGCUGCAGAGAAUCAACGCUUUCAUCGAAAAACAGGACUUCUGCCACGGGCAAGUGAUGUGGCCGCCCCUGAGUGCCCUGCAGGUAAAGCUUGCUGAGCCCGGGCAGUCCUGCAAGCAGGUGUGUCAGGAGAACCAGCUCAUCUGUGAGCCUUCCUUCUUCCAGCAUCUCAACAAGGACAAGGACUUGCUGAAGUACGAGGUGACCUGCCAAAGCUCAGAGGUGGCCAAGGACAUCGUGGUGCCCUCCUUCGACCCCAAGAACAAGCACUGUGUGUUUCAAGGUGACCUCCUGCUGUUCAGCUGUGCCGGCGCCCACCCCAGGCACCGGAGGGUCUGCCCCUGCCGGGACUUCAUCAAGGGCCAGGUGGCUCUCUGUAAAGACUGUCUAUAGCGGCCACCGGCUCGGCCCCGCACACACUCUUGCUGGGAAGACAAGAGCUCCAGCCCCAUCGGGGCAAGGCUGGGGGCGGGGGAGAAGUCAUGCAGGGACUCUCACCAGAGCCUGAACUUUCUGGUGGAAGGUCUUGAUUUGCUGUGGCCCCCGCUGCGGUCCGAGCCUCGCAGCGGCGUUCUCACCAAAACAAAAUGAGAGCCAACAUCAGGCCGGGAGCCUGGCUUCUCCCCGGCACAACUUCGUUUUUAAUGUUGGAGGAGCUACUGUAGGGAGACUGUCUAUGCAGCUGCUCCAGGGUAGAAAGAAUCUCAAGAUUCACUUAAACAAAAACAAAACCAGAAGAGGAACUGAGCUCGUUGGAAAGAACUUUGUACGGGAACAUUCCUAAACCCAUUAACUUAUUUAUUUGGGAGGGAGGGAGGGGGAGCUGGGGAGGGCAAAGAGGGGUUGAUCACACGUCUUGCUACUUCUUUGAUUUUCCACUGCUGGCCAUCCACCUUCACUGUAUUCCUGCCAUCCGCUUCAGGCAGGAUGCGUUGUGGUGCUGCUGGCAUGCUUAAGGGCAGCUGUAGGGACCUAGCUUCUCAAAGCGGGUAGUUGCAGAACAGAAUGAAUCUUGUGUGUUUGACAGAUGGCAGCUAGGGGACAGGCAGCCCCUGGGCAUGGGAGGACAUGCCUGUGUGGUCCAGAGAGCCCAGCCAGGGACCAAAGAUGGGCUGCUCUGCAGUGAGAGGCUCCUUUCCUCUGUCCCACCCCGCCCCCAGCCAAAAGCACACUCACCCACACACACCUUGGCUGUAAUUUCUGGUUAGGAUUAAAAGAGCUACACUUGGACUUGGAGGUCAUGCUCUUUACCCCUUAAGAAGGCUGCCUUUGAGCUGAGAUUUCGACAGGAGUGAAGCUGGUCCCUAAGAACCAGUGGCACCACCAGAGCUGGGUUCUAGCCUGGAGGCCUUGUGUUAUAUUCCCUCUAAUGUCUGAUGUCACCAAAGUCCAGGGGAUGGGGCUCUCGGUGAACUUGAUGUUGGCUGGGAGAGCAAGGGCAGGCCAGGAUGGAUGUACUGUCCUGGCCACUCACCUAUGAGUGUGGGUGUGGCUUGCAAGGGUAGGAAUCUGAUGCUGGCUUUUACUCCAGGCACAAAUAUUUGGGAGGUUGGGGUGAACAGAUGGGCAAAUUGGACCAAACCCUGGAGUCCCCGCGCUCUGCUUUUGUGAGUUCCCCAGCUCCUCCGCACCCCUGCCUGUGCUUCAGUGCUUUGCGCAUAAGCGUGUGUGUUUCCUGUGAUGCCCCUGGCAUCUCCAUGCUGUUAAGAGUGAGCCCCCUCCUCUCUCUGGCAGAAUGGCCCCCUUCUGAGCUGUCCCGUGAUCCGCCCAGCUCACGCUCAUGGUUGUGAGUGCCUCGGUCACCGAGCAGAACAGCUGGGCAAGGCUACUGGCUGGGUGGGCCUUCAGGACUUGAGGUUAAAGUCCUGAGGACCAGAAGGAGUGUGGAGCCUUGAGGUAUGGAAAGUUAGAUUCUGCCUGCUGCUCGAUUCUUGUUGGGUAUAAAAUUACUAUCAAAUGCACAGGCAGCCGUUUUUUUCUUAGACCCUCAGUGCAUCUUUAUUGCACCUCCCAUCUUAGAGAAUGGAGAGGGGGAAGGGCAGCCAGGGUCUCCCCUGCCCCAUAAGUCCCCCCCAGCACAUAUGCCAGGGAGAAUGCUGACGGGGAGGCCUCUUGAGCAUCGAAGCAGGGCGUCUCCCCCCCUCACCCCAAAACUGGCUGAGAACAGAACAAGGGAGCAAGUCGAAAGGAAACCUUGGUGAAAGGCUGUGAGUGCGUGUGAGCUUUUAAGCUGUGCGAGGGCGGUUUCCUGCAGUGGGAGGAAACAACUGCCAUCCCUGCUGUUGGGAACUGCUUUUCCCUAGGGAUGGGACUCCUGGCUGCAGCCUCGCUAGUGGGAAUUUGCUUGCACGCCCAGACCUGCGAUUCCUGGGCCCGUGCCGCCCUCUCCUGGGCUCUUCUGGGAGCUUCCCGUGCUGAGGAUGUGAGUGCCGGUGUUUGGCCAGCAGGGGGAGCCAGCAGGCCGAGACCAGUUUCCCAUGCUUUGCCAGAUUAACUCAUUUUACAGAGCUGUUAGAACAAGCACAGGAAGUCUGAAAGCAAGGAAGUUGGAAAGCCCUGUUCUCAGAAACAUGCUGUGCCUGCCUUGUGUUCCACAAGCUGCAGGGAUUGUUUGCCGACUGCCCCUGAGCUCAGGGACUCUCCGCCUCCUGGAGACUUCCUCUUCUCACAUCAGGACCCUCAGGUCCGGCAGCUGGGAGAGCACUUCCCCAUCUGAAGAUCCCUCUUCCCCCAUUUCCAGUAUUGUCCGGAAGUAAGCCAGUGCUCUGCCUGUGGGGCUGCUGUUCCUGGGGCAGAGAAACCCACACUCCGGUUGUAGAGGGCAUUAUGAGCAGACGUGGCGACACUGAAUGUAUAUUGGCUCUCAGGCCUCUGCACACUUAGCCCAAGUCUGAUCAGCGACCCAAGAGGAUAUUGGGGUAGGGACCUCCAUCUGCCUAGUGCAGGAAGGGGUGCGAUUCCUGCCUGCCCUAGGAGAGGAAGGUGCCUCUCAGAGUGUGGGGCUGGGAGCCUUUGGUGGUUUUGCCAAUGCUGAUCUUGAUAGAAUCCUAAACCAGCUUGUGAUUGAUGACACUUCCACAGGGAGAGAAAUCCUCCGUCAGGAUUAGUGUCUUCCUGUGCUCCGAGCAUCUCUCAUCUCUUGCCUGGUCUUUAGCUUUUGUAUAUUUUUUUCCUAAAAGAACUUGGAUUUUUUUUUUUUUUCCUCCACUGUGAUCCUAAGUUCUUAAAAAAAAAAAGAGAGAGAGAAAACAUUUAAUUUAUUAAAGGAGAGAAAACUUUCCUUUGAAAUGUAAACACUUUCAGGAGUAAAAAUUCCUGAAAGGGGAAACACACUUCUCAUGCCAGUAAACACCUCAUUUAUUCCUUGUAUGUAAUUUGAUUUGCACACGUACAGUUGGAGAAGCUUUUUGCAUUUUUGCUUAGACUGGGUUUUUGUCACUGCUUAUAGUUCAUGUUUGUGUGUUUGCUCUGUGUUUAGAAAUAUUAAGAGCCCUUUUCUUUGGUGAUAUUUAUUGUUUCUCUAAGGUGCCUUUUCACUUUUCUUUGGGGUUGGUUUUUGGAAUCUGGGUUUUGUUGAAAGAAGCUAGCAGGCUCCUGCAGCUUGGAGAUGGAACGUGUCCUUGCAUCAUUGUGGGCAACUUAGGCUGAGCGCCAGAAAUGCCCUCCAAGCCCCCUGGGCCAUAGUGUACGUGCACAUACACCCCCGAGGCCAUGAGAACCUCCAAGAAAGGUCUGACUUCCUUCAGACCAGCCCACACCCUCCCAGGCUGCUCAGCCAGGUCUUUGGGUUUGCCUGGGAACUGCUGGUUGACAUGAGCCACGGGCGCUUGGUGAGGUGUGGCCGGAGCAGAAGACCAGCCCUGUCUGAGGGGUUGCACUGAAGGGAAGCAGGCCCUGCUGAGCUCAUGGAAGCACUGGCCCAAAACCACUCCAUCUGCUUAGCGGGAUGAAGGGAAAGACUAUGCACCCCCUUUUUUUGUUUCUUUGGCAAACAUGGGGUUUGAUAAAAGUGACUACUCAGCUUCCCAGUAACUCACGUUGGGUGCCCCAGUGCAGCUCACUGGUACUGAAGCCAUGAGUGUGACUGGUUAGACAGAGACUAUUCUGUUUACAGGUGGAUUUGUGCUUUUUAGACCAGACCAAGGUAGGCCACCCCAUUCUCCAAGGUGGUUUACCUAGACUGUGUAUGUAAUUGGGACAUUGCCACCCUCUCCCAUGAGCCCCUCCCCCCCAAUUCUUGAUUUAAAGAAAAAAAGGUCUAUUAACGACAGGCUCUGUUGUGUUAUUCUCCCAAGCCUGGAAUGUUUUAUUUAUUGAAAAAUAUUUUCAUCUCUACAUUGGCUUCAUUCUAAUCCCAUCCACCCCUGUGGGGCCGCAGAGCACCUUCAUGUGAAGAGAUGGAUGGAUGUAAAGAGAUUCAGACUUCUUUAGGAAGGUGGGAAUUUCCUAAAGCGGAGGGCGGGUUCCUUUCCUUCUUGUUGGCUUCAACAAAAAAAUGGAAAACCAAGUUCUUACAGCAAAAGGCCAAAUUAGCUGUCUAGUGUCUGAUGCAGAAAAAAAUUACCCUAGCUUUCUUAGCACUUAGGGUUUUUGUGAGGAUUCAGUGUUUAGCAGUGUCUGGCAUAUAGUAAGCCCUAGUAAAUGUUAAAUAUUGUUAUUCGCCUUUCAUAAAAUUUGAGUAAAAAAGAGCUGAGCUCAUUUCCUAUCAUUGAUUCAAAAGUAAUACCUACAGGAAAAUACUCCAAGUUGAUGGAAUGUGGUAGGAAGUACUGGUUGAAGAUACCCAAGUCCAGCGUCCACCGUGCUGGUUACAAUGUUAUUGUGUCCCUGAAUGCACUGAUUUGAAAAUAUGCCUGGCUUCAGCCCCAGAUGGAACUGGGCCACAAGAAUUAGUCAACUGAACGUAAGAGGGUGGACUCUGGCCACAUGCUGGACCCCACCCCACUCUUACCUUCUGGACCCUUCCAGGGUUUUUCUUUGUGGAACUUUAUGAGCUGGAAAUGAAUUCUCUGGCAGACUGUCCCCUUAAAGUUACCCACCUUCCUCUGAGAUGCAAUAAUAGAGGCGUUUCUGUUUUUUAUUUAAAGGGAAAGGAAUGACCAAUUGAACAUACUCAUUCCCCCAGGAAGUCCCUUUGCUGCCCCCUGCUGGCCAGGGUGGCUCCUCCACUGUCCAGUCCAAGAGGAUCAGACUCCCAGGCAAGUUAGUUGUCAUGUUUCUAUCAAAUUAAAGGUUAAUUCCAUGGGAGUGGCGGAGGUCUUCAAAACUCCAAGAGGCUUCUCCUGGCUUAAUGAUGUUUUCCCAAAUCACCUGAAUGUCAGUUCGCUUCUUGUUUUGGGGGGGGGGGGGGGGGGGGGGUUUGGCCUCUCACUUCCCUAGAUAGAUUUAGAGUUUUAUCUCCUAUCUUGGCCCUAUUCUGGAUAGACUGCAUUUGUGGAAGAUAGAGGAAUAUGUUGGAGUCUGGCGUUUUUUCUUAAGACCCUUUGGAUUCUCUUCAGCUUAAUCUUAUACUUCUGUGGGUGAAGAUUGGAAUUUACCUUCUUCAAAGCAUCAUUUCCUCUGUUCUUCCCGGAUCUUGUGGAGGCUUUAGAUGACCUCCCAGCACCCCCUGCAUCUGGUGAGGCGUGGCAAAGGGACAGAAGGGCAGCCGUGCGGGGCGGGGGUGGUCUUGGCCGCUCAGAGCAUUUGCAGCGCUGGAGGUUUCCCUGGGACAGCCAGACAGGAACCUAGUGCAGGUGGCCACCUCCACCAAAGCUGAGAUGGAGCAAACUUGGGAAGCAUGUGCUCACUGUCCUGCCCAGGUAUUAACAGGACAAACCAGAGCAGAGCAAUCGAUGCCAAAGGAGAUGGUGACGUCCUUUCUGCUGUAGUUGCUAUUGCAACCUUGAUGUCUGUAAGCUCAUGGCCACUCGUGUCUGUGUCUUCAGCCAGCUCUUGGUACAUCCAUUUUCUACCUUUCACUUCUGGGGAUAAGUAGCGCAAGAUUCUGCAAAUAAGGUGUUGCUGUCAAAUGUACUGUACCGGCGUAGAGAGCACUGCUUUGUUUUCCACUGUUGUAGAGAAAACUAGGGAGAACUUUAUUUUUCAAUAAACUUUUCUUGUGUGACAGGUGGAAGUGAUUUUGCGGGGGUGGGGAUGGGCCAUGGGCGGGUGCAGGGGCGCCAGCAGAACCACGCCCGGCUGCCAUCCGGCAUCCCCAGCACUGGCGGCCGCUGACUGCGAUGCAUCGUUUGCAGACGCACUGCUGAAAUUGCCAACUGGAAGACCUGAACGGUGUCCAUCUUUUCUGUGUCACGUGGUAACAGCCCAUAGGACACGCCUCAAAAUGCUGUAGGAGGAAGGCCUGCUGAAAGCAUCAGAUUGAACCAAGGCUGGGAGCACCACAGAAGGACGUUCUGCCAAGCAGAGAUCGUACCCUCCCCACACGAACCUUUUUACUGCAGAAGAUGGAAAAGGCGAAGAUGGUGAGGCCGAUGAGGACGCCGAUGCUGCCGUCCAGGUACCAGAC